AUGGCAUUUGCAAGUAAAGUAGGAAAAUCUGGAUGUGUUAGGCUGAAGACAUUGAAAAGUAAGCACACUUGUGGGAGGAACUACAGUGGCCGUCUUGCGUCCAGCAAUUGGAUUGCUAAAAAAAUUACUAAUAACAUAAGUAGAGGAGAAGAUAUGAAGCUGGGGACUGUAAUUCAAACUAUUCAAGAAAAAUACAUGGCAAAUAUAUCUGUGUGGAAAGCUUACUGGGCAAGAAGAAAGGCAAGGGAAGUGGUGCAUGGGAAGGCAGUGCAGCAAUAUGGGAGGAUCAGAGACUAUUGUGCAGAGGUCUUAAGAGCAAACCCAGGAUCGACAUUGAAGCUGAAGUUGGAAAGACCCUCUCCAACAAUCCUACCAAGGUUUGUACGAAUGUACAUGUGUCUUGAUGCUGUGAAGAAAGGAUUCCUGGCUGCUUGUAGGCCUAUUAUUGGACUUGAUGGUUGCCAUCUGAAGGGUGAUCAUGGACAACAAUUGUUGGUUGCUGUGGGUAGAGAUCCCAAUGAUAACUAUUUUUCCCUAGCAGUUGCAGCAGUAGAGGCAGAGACUAAGGAUUCAUGGGCCUGGUUCUUGGACUUGCUACUUCAUGACAUUGGAGAGUUGACAAAUAAGAAAUGGGUCUUUAUGUCAGACCAGCAAAAGGGGCUGCUUCAAGUAUUUCAUGAAAUGCUUCCGGGAGUGGAGCAUCGGUUUUGCCUCCGACAUCUCUAUGCCAACUGUAAGAAGGCUUUUGGUGGGGGAACAGUUUUAAGGGACUUGAUACUUUCUACUGCUAAGACAACUUAUGUGGAGGAGUGGAAUAGAAAGAUGGAUCGUUUGAAAGAGGUAAAUAAAGAGUGUUAUGACAAGUUGGCAGCCCUGGAUCCUAAGGUAUGGACUAAAUCUCACUUCACUCCAUAUGCCAAGAGUGAUAUGCUAAUGAACAACAUAUCUGAGGCUUUUAAUGGACGAAUUCUGGAAGCUCGUGACAAGCCCAUUUUGACCAUGUUUGAAUGGAUUAGAUGUUAUUGGAUGGGGAGGUUUGCUGAGAAGAAGAAAAAGGGAGCUAAGUUCAUGGGAAAAAUACUGCCUAAGCCUAGAAAGAGGUUAGACAUCAUAUGUAGAAGGUCCAUGGAAUGGCAACCUAGGUGGGCUGGGGAUUUAAAGUAUGAGGUUUCACAUAAAAAUAGGAUGAUUCAAGAGAGGUUUGUGGUGGAUUUACUGGCCGGUUCAUGUAGUUGUAGGUUCUGGGGGUUGGCUGGCAUGCCUUGUAUGCAUGCUUGUUCUGCAAUAUUCAUGAAAGGAGACAACCCUGAGGACUACUGCAGUAACUAUUACACACCAGCAGCAUAUGUGACAUGCUAUGGGACAACACUCAAUCCAAUUAAUGGUGAAAAUAUGUGGCCAAAGGUCGAACUUGAGACAAUUAGACCUCCAAUCUUCAGAGUCAAGCCUGGAAGACCUAGGAGAGUAAGAAUUAGAGAGCACGAUGAGGAUAGAUCACAAACAAAACUAAGAAGGAGUGGAACAUCAGUGACCUGCAGCAACUGUGGCCAAUAUGGACACAAUAGGAGACAUUGUCCCAAUCCAGACAUAACAGGAAAUAACCCUGGAUCUGAAACUGCUGCUCCUCAGGGUAGUGCCCCUGCUCCUCAUGGUAGUGCCCCUGCUCCUGCUACUGUUGCAACCUCCACCACUAGAUCUGCUAGUGUUAGCCAAAGAGGAAGGGGAAGGGGACGUGGUAGAGGAGGAUCCAGGCCUGAAAAAUCUAGAUCUGCUACUCCUUCUGCACCACCAGUGACUGCUCCGGCUCCACCACUGCCUCCACUAGUGAAUGCACUAGAUCCACCACUACUUCCACCAGUGACUGCACCAGCUCCACCACUGCCUCCACUAGUGACUGCACCAGCUCCACCAUUACCUCCACCAGACCCAACAACUUUCACAGCUCCACCAGUGCCUCUUCCAGCAGAUCCACCACAACCUGCACCAGCUCCAACAAGGUCCACAGCUCCACCACUGCCUAAGACAAAAAUUUUUGGUGUGCGGCGCAGUGGGAGACUUAAGAUAGGUGUGAGGAAGGCAAAAUCUGGACCAACUGAAACCGUAGACCUCACAGAAGAUUAG